AUGGCAUCCGCCUACAGCCUGAAAGAAUCCAGCUACGACGCAAGCGACAUCAUUAAACGCGACGUCUGUGUCAUCGGAGGCGGUGCGACUGGAGCAUAUGCGGCGGUCCGUCUCGGUGACUUGGGCCAGAGCGUGGUUCUGGUGGAGAAAAAGGACGCGCUUGGGGGCCAUACGGAGGCAUACACGUCCCCGGCAACCGGCGAGGUCAUUGACUACGGGGUUGAGAACUUCCAGAACACCACGCUCCUUCGUGACUUCUUCGGCCGCUUCGGAGUCAAUCUGGUAGCGUACGCCUCCGAUGCAAAGAGCACCCAAUAUGCCGACUUUUCGACGGGCACCGUUCACAGAGACUUUUCUCCACCCACAUCCAACUUCACCGAAUAUCUGAACCAACUCGAGAAAUACCCCUACCUACCCUAUUCUUGGGAACUGCCGGACCCCGUCCCCGAAGAUCUGCUGCUUCCAUUUGGCGAAUUUAUUACCAAAUAUUCACUGGAGAAUAUUGCCUACCUUGUAGGCAUGUGGGGAGCCGGCAACGGCAACAUCCUGAACCAGACCACCAUCUACGUGCUGAAGACUAUCAACAAAGAUUAUAUCUCGGGCAUUCAAGGGACCGACGUCAUGGCCGAUGAUAACCACGCCAUCUACGCCGCGAUGGAAAAACAUCUUGGAUCUAACGCCCUCUUGUCGUCAACGGUGGUGGCAGCGAGCCGACCCGCGAACGGCUCGGAGAUGAAACUGACGAUAAGCAUGCCCUCGGGAGACAAACUCAUUGUGGCCAAGAAACUCCUCGUGACAAUGCCCCAAACGCCGAGCAAUAUGGUCCCUCUGAGCCUCGAUACCACCGAGAGGGCUGUGUUCGACCAAUUUGGCUACAAUGCUUUAUACGUGGGCCUGGUGAACAACACCGGACUAGGAGCCUUUGUCGACACUAUGGGGGUUAAUUUCAGCAACCCCUACAACUUGCCUGGCCCUGCAGGUCUCAUAUACCUGCAGUCGACAUCCGCGGAGGGCGUCUUUCGGAUCUGGUACAAUGCAGAGACUGACGUCUCUGAGGAUACAGUGAAAGCGGAAUCGCUGGCAGCUAUCAAGCGUCUGACGGGCGAGACGGCCGAUUUCCUCGUUUUUGGGAAUCACACUCCAUAUCAGCUAUCGGUUUCUGGUGAUGCAAUUAGAAAGGGCUUCUACAACAGCCUAAAUGCCCUUCAGGGACACCGAAACACUUGGUAUACCGGUGCGGCAUUUUUGGCCCACCACACAGCCUCGUUGUGGAAUUAUACCGAGACUCUAUUGCCCGAUAUGCUUGCUGCAUAA